GUUGUUUGCCAACCGCCAAAAUAAACCACAAAAGAAGAAAAAGACUUACGUCGGAACCUUCGCGCUGUUACUUCAAUAUCUAACCGGAAUUGUAUUAACGGAGCGCCAAUGUGACAAGUUAACAGCCGUCACACCUGAAGCUCCGUGAGGAAGAUGAGCACCAAACAGCAGGUGACCUGCAGGUGAGUGUGGACCUCUGUCCGUCCUCCUCUGUCAGUCAGCGGCGUGUCAGUCUCUUAUUCUCUCUCUGAUGGACAUCCAUGCUAACGCAUUAGCCUCGUGCUUAUGUUUUUAGCCUAUAGCAGCUAGCUGUUAGCAUGCUAUACACUGUCUUUUCUGUUGACGUGAAGUUUAAAAGAAUCCAAGGUGGUCGAUACGUCCUUAUAUAUUACGUCAGCAUUAUAAAAAGAACGAUGAUCAAACUAUUAGAGUUCAUAGUUCGUAAAAAAUAAACGGCCAAAGAGCGUAAUAUUGAUGUAACAUGACAUUGUACAUAUUCUAAACGUUUUCUGGUCAUCAUAAGGCAACAUGUCGUGUGUCAGACUAUUACUGUCAAGAUUAGACUGUUACUAUGACAAUCAGACUGUUUUUUUGAGGCUCAGACUGUUACCAUGAAAAUAAGACUGUUUCUUUAAAGAUCAGACUGUUACUAUGAAAAUCAGACUGUUACUAUGAAGAUCAGACCGUUACUAUAACAAUCAGACUGUUACUAUGAAAAUCACACUGUUACUAUAAAGAGAAGGCUGUUACUAUGAAGAUAAGACUGUUACUAUGACAAUCAGACUGUUACUAUAAAAAUCAGACAGUUACUAUGAAAAGAAGACUGUUAUUAUGAAGUUCAGACUGUUACUAUGAAAAUCUGACUGUUACUAUGAAAGUCACUGUUACUAUGACAAUCAGACUGUUACUGCAAAAAUCAGACAGUUACUAUGAAGAGAAGACUGUUACUAUGAAGUUCAGACUGUUACUAUGAAGAUCAGACUGUUACUAUUGCAAUCAGACUGUUACUAUGACAAUAAGACUAUUACUAUAAAAAUCAGACUAUUACUUUAAAGAUCAGACUGUUACUAUGACAAUAAGACUAUUACUAUAAAAAUCAGACUAUUACUUUAAAGAUCAGACUGUUACUAUGAAAAUCAGACUGUUUCUUUAAAGAUCAGACUGUUACUAUGAAAAUCAGACUGUUACUAUGAAUGUCACUGUUACUAUAAAGAUCAGACCGUUACUAUGUAAAUCAGACUGUUACUAUGAAGAGAAGACUGUUACUAUGAAGAUCAGACUGUUAGUAUGACAGUCAGACUGUUACUUUGACAAUCAGACUAUUACUAUGAAGAUAAGACUUACUAUGAAGAUCAGACUGUUACUAUGAAGAUCAGAGUGUAACUAUGAAGACUCAGACUGUAACUAUGAUAAUCAGACUGUUACUAUGAAGAUCAGUCUGUUACUAUGAAGAUAAGACUGUUACUAUGAAAAACAGACUAUUACUAUGAAGAUAAGACUGUUACUAUGAAGAUCAGACUGUUACUAUGAAGAGAAGUCUGUUACUAUGAAAAUCAGACGGUUACUAUGAAGAUCAGACUGUUAGUAUGACAGUCAGACUGUUACUUUGACAAUCAGACUGUUACUAUGAAGAUCAGAGUGUAACUAUGAAGACUCAUACUGUAACUAUGAAAAUCAGACUGUUACUAUAAAGAUCAGACCGUUACUGUGUAAAUCAGACUGUUACUAUGAAGAGAAGACUGUUUCUAUGAAGAUCAGACUGUUACUAUGAAGAUCAGACUGUUACUAUGACAGUCAGACUGUUGCAUGUUAGCAUGCUAUACACUGUCUUUUCUGUUGACGUGAAGUUUAAAAGAAUCCAAGGUGGUCGAUACGUCCUUAUAUAUUACGUCAGCAUUAUAAAAAGAACGAUGAUCAAACUAUUAGAGUUCAUAGUUCGUAAAAAAUAAACGGCCAAAGAGCGUAAUAUUGAUGUAACAUGACAUUGUACAUAUUCUAAACGUUUUCUGGUCAUCAUAAGGCAACAUGUCGUGUGUCAGACUAUUACUGUCAAGAUUAGACUGUUACUAUGACAAUCAGACUGUUUUUUUGAGGCUCAGACUGUUACUAUGAAAAUAAGACUGUUUCUUUAAAGAUCAGACUGUUACUAUGAAAAUCAGACUGUUACUAUGAAGAUCAGACCGUUACUAUAACAAUCAGACUGUUACUAUGAAAAUCACACUGUUACUAUAAAGAGAAGGCUGUUACUAUGAAGAUAAGACUGUUACUAUGACAAUCAGACUGUUACUAUAAAAAUCAGACAGUUACUAUGAAAAGAAGACUGUUAUUAUGAAGUUCAGACUGUUACUAUGAAAAUCUGACUGUUACUAUGAAAGUCACUGUUACUAUGACAAUCAGACUGUUACUGCAAAAAUCAGACAGUUACUAUGAAGAGAAGACUGUUACUAUGAAGUUCAGACUGUUACUAUGAAGAUCAGACUGUUACUAUUGCAAUCAGACUGUUACUAUGACAAUAAGACUAUUACUAUAAAAAUCAGACUAUUACUUUAAAGAUCAGACUGUUACUAUGACAAUAAGACUAUUACUAUAAAAAUCAGACUAUUACUUUAAAGAUCAGACUGUUACUAUGAAAAUCAGACUGUUUCUUUAAAGAUCAGACUGUUACUAUGAAAAUCAGACUGUUACUAUGAAUGUCACUGUUACUAUAAAGAUCAGACCGUUACUAUGUAAAUCAGACUGUUACUAUGAAGAGAAGACUGUUACUAUGAAGAUCAGACUGUUAGUAUGACAGUCAGACUGUUACUUUGACAAUCAGACUAUUACUAUGAAGAUAAGACUUACUAUGAAGAUCAGACUGUUACUAUGAAGAUCAGAGUGUAACUAUGAAGACUCAGACUGUAACUAUGAUAAUCAGACUGUUACUAUGAAGAUCAGUCUGUUACUAUGAAGAUAAGACUGUUACUAUGAAAAACAGACUAUUACUAUGAAGAUAAGACUGUUACUAUGAAGAUCAGACUGUUACUAUGAAGAGAAGUCUGUUACUAUGAAAAUCAGACGGUUACUAUGAAGAUCAGACUGUUAGUAUGACAGUCAGACUGUUACUUUGACAAUCAGACUGUUACUAUGAAGAUCAGAGUGUAACUAUGAAGACUCAUACUGUAACUAUGAAAAUCAGACUGUUACUAUGAAGAUCAGUCUGUUACUAUGAAGAUAAGACUGUUACUAUGAAGAGAAGACUGUUUCUAUGAAGAUCAGACUGUUACUAUGAAGAUCAGACUGUUACUAUGACAGUCAGACUGUUGCAUGUUAGCAUGCUAUACACUGUCUUUUCUGUUGACGUGAAGUUUAAAAGAAUCCAAGGUGGUCGAUACGUCCUUAUAUAUUACGUCAGCAUUAUAAAAAGAACGAUGAUCAAACUAUUAGAGUUCAUAGUUCGUAAAAAAUAAACGGCCAAAGAGCGUAAUAUUGAUGUAACAUGACAUUGUACAUAUUCUAAACGUUUUCUGGUCAUCAUAAGGCAACAUGUCGUGUGUCAGACUAUUACUGUCAAGAUUAGACUGUUACUAUGACAAUCAGACUGUUUUUUUGAGGCUCAGACUGUUACUAUGAAAAUAAGACUGUUUCUUUAAAGAUCAGACUGUUACUAUGAAAAUCAGACUGUUACUAUGAAGAUCAGACCGUUACUAUAACAAUCAGACUGUUACUAUGAAAAUCACACUGUUACUAUAAAGAGAAGGCUGUUACUAUGAAGAUAAGACUGUUACUAUGACAAUCAGACUGUUACUAUAAAAAUCAGACAGUUACUAUGAAAAGAAGACUGUUAUUAUGAAGUUCAGACUGUUACUAUGAAAAUCUGACUGUUACUAUGAAAGUCACUGUUACUAUGACAAUCAGACUGUUACUGCAAAAAUCAGACAGUUACUAUGAAGAGAAGACUGUUACUAUGAAGUUCAGACUGUUACUAUGAAGAUCAGACUGUUACUAUUGCAAUCAGACUGUUACUAUGACAAUAAGACUAUUACUAUAAAAAUCAGACUAUUACUUUAAAGAUCAGACUGUUACUAUGACAAUAAGACUAUUACUAUAAAAAUCAGACUAUUACUUUAAAGAUCAGACUGUUACUAUGAAAAUCAGACUGUUUCUUUAAAGAUCAGACUGUUACUAUGAAAAUCAGACUGUUACUAUGAAUGUCACUGUUACUAUAAAGAUCAGACCGUUACUAUGUAAAUCAGACUGUUACUAUGAAGAGAAGACUGUUACUAUGAAGAUCAGACUGUUAGUAUGACAGUCAGACUGUUACUUUGACAAUCAGACUAUUACUAUGAAGAUAAGACUUACUAUGAAGAUCAGACUGUUACUAUGAAGAUCAGAGUGUAACUAUGAAGACUCAGACUGUAACUAUGAUAAUCAGACUGUUACUAUGAAGAUCAGUCUGUUACUAUGAAGAUAAGACUGUUACUAUGAAAAACAGACUAUUACUAUGAAGAUAAGACUGUUACUAUGAAGAUCAGACUGUUACUAUGAAGAGAAGUCUGUUACUAUGAAAAUCAGACGGUUACUAUGAAGAUCAGACUGUUAGUAUGACAGUCAGACUGUUACUUUGACAAUCAGACUGUUACUAUGAAGAUCAGAGUGUAACUAUGAAGACUCAUACUGUAACUAUGAAAAUCAGACUGUUACUAUGAAGAUCAGUCUGUUACUAUGAAGAUAAGACUGUUACUAUGAAGAGAAGACUGUUUCUAUGAAGAUCAGACUGUUACUAUGAAGAUCAGACUGUUACUAUGACAGUCAGACUGUUGCAUGUUAGCAUGCUAUACACUGUCUUUUCUGUUGACGUGAAGUUUAAAAGAAUCCAAGGUGGUCGAUACGUCCUUAUAUAUUACGUCAGCAUUAUAAAAAGAACGAUGAUCAAACUAUUAGAGUUCAUAGUUCGUAAAAAAUAAACGGCCAAAGAGCGUAAUAUUGAUGUAACAUGACAUUGUACAUAUUCUAAACGUUUUCUGGUCAUCAUAAGGCAACAUGUCGUGUGUCAGACUAUUACUGUCAAGAUUAGACUGUUACUAUGACAAUCAGACUGUUUUUUUGAGGCUCAGACUGUUACUAUGAAAAUAAGACUGUUUCUUUAAAGAUCAGACUGUUACUAUGAAAAUCAGACUGUUACUAUGAAGAUCAGACCGUUACUAUAACAAUCAGACUGUUACUAUGAAAAUCACACUGUUACUAUAAAGAGAAGGCUGUUACUAUGAAGAUAAGACUGUUACUAUGACAAUCAGACUGUUACUAUAAAAAUCAGACAGUUACUAUGAAAAGAAGACUGUUAUUAUGAAGUUCAGACUGUUACUAUGAAAAUCUGACUGUUACUAUGAAAGUCACUGUUACUAUGACAAUCAGACUGUUACUGCAAAAAUCAGACAGUUACUAUGAAGAGAAGACUGUUACUAUGAAGUUCAGACUGUUACUAUGAAGAUCAGACUGUUACUAUUGCAAUCAGACUGUUACUAUGACAAUAAGACUAUUACUAUAAAAAUCAGACUAUUACUUUAAAGAUCAGACUGUUACUAUGACAAUAAGACUAUUACUAUAAAAAUCAGACUAUUACUUUAAAGAUCAGACUGUUACUAUGAAAAUCAGACUGUUUCUUUAAAGAUCAGACUGUUACUAUGAAAAUCAGACUGUUACUAUGAAUGUCACUGUUACUAUAAAGAUCAGACCGUUACUAUGUAAAUCAGACUGUUACUAUGAAGAGAAGACUGUUACUAUGAAGAUCAGACUGUUAGUAUGACAGUCAGACUGUUACUUUGACAAUCAGACUAUUACUAUGAAGAUAAGACUUACUAUGAAGAUCAGACUGUUACUAUGAAGAUCAGAGUGUAACUAUGAAGACUCAGACUGUAACUAUGAUAAUCAGACUGUUACUAUGAAGAUCAGUCUGUUACUAUGAAGAUAAGACUGUUACUAUGAAAAACAGACUAUUACUAUGAAGAUAAGACUGUUACUAUGAAGAUCAGACUGUUACUAUGAAGAGAAGUCUGUUACUAUGAAAAUCAGACGGUUACUAUGAAGAUCAGACUGUUAGUAUGACAGUCAGACUGUUACUUUGACAAUCAGACUGUUACUAUGAAGAUCAGAGUGUAACUAUGAAGACUCAUACUGUAACUAUGAAAAUCAGACUGUUACUAUGAAGAUCAGUCUGUUACUAUGAAGAUAAGACUGUUACUAUGAAGAGAAGACUGUUUCUAUGAAGAUCAGACUGUUACUAUGAAGAUCAGACUGUUACUAUGACAGUCAGACUGUUGCAUGUUAGCAUGCUAUACACUGUCUUUUCUGUUGACGUGAAGUUUAAAAGAAUCCAAGGUGGUCGAUACGUCCUUAUAUAUUACGUCAGCAUUAUAAAAAGAACGAUGAUCAAACUAUUAGAGUUCAUAGUUCGUAAAAAAUAAACGGCCAAAGAGCGUAAUAUUGAUGUAACAUGACAUUGUACAUAUUCUAAACGUUUUCUGGUCAUCAUAAGGCAACAUGUCGUGUGUCAGACUAUUACUGUCAAGAUUAGACUGUUACUAUGACAAUCAGACUGUUUUUUUGAGGCUCAGACUGUUACUAUGAAAAUAAGACUGUUUCUUUAAAGAUCAGACUGUUACUAUGAAAAUCAGACUGUUACUAUGAAGAUCAGACCGUUACUAUAACAAUCAGACUGUUACUAUGAAAAUCACACUGUUACUAUAAAGAGAAGGCUGUUACUAUGAAGAUAAGACUGUUACUAUGACAAUCAGACUGUUACUAUAAAAAUCAGACAGUUACUAUGAAAAGAAGACUGUUAUUAUGAAGUUCAGACUGUUACUAUGAAAAUCUGACUGUUACUAUGAAAGUCACUGUUACUAUGACAAUCAGACUGUUACUGCAAAAAUCAGACAGUUACUAUGAAGAGAAGACUGUUACUAUGAAGUUCAGACUGUUACUAUGAAGAUCAGACUGUUACUAUUGCAAUCAGACUGUUACUAUGACAAUAAGACUAUUACUAUAAAAAUCAGACUAUUACUUUAAAGAUCAGACUGUUACUAUGACAAUAAGACUAUUACUAUAAAAAUCAGACUAUUACUUUAAAGAUCAGACUGUUACUAUGAAAAUCAGACUGUUUCUUUAAAGAUCAGACUGUUACUAUGAAAAUCAGACUGUUACUAUGAAUGUCACUGUUACUAUAAAGAUCAGACCGUUACUAUGUAAAUCAGACUAUUACUAUGAAGAUAAGACUGUUACUAUGAAGAUCAGACUGUUAGUAUGACAGUCAGACUGUUACUUUGACAAUCAGACUAUUACUAUGAAGAUAAGACUUACUAUGAAGAUCAGACUGUUACUAUGAAGAUCAGAGUGUAACUAUGAAGACUCAGACUGUAACUAUGAUAAUCAGACUGUUACUAUGAAGAUCAGUCUGUUACUAUGAAGAUAAGACUGUUACUAUGAAAAACAGACUAUUACUAUGAAGAUAAGACUGUUACUAUGAAGAUCAGACUGUUACUAUGAAGAGAAGUCUGUUACUAUGAAAAUCAGACGGUUACUAUGAAGAUCAGACUGUUAGUAUGACAGUCAGACUGUUACUUUGACAAUCAGACUGUUACUAUGAAGAUCAGAGUGUAACUAUGAAGACUCAGACUGUAACUAUGAAAAUCAGACUGUUACUAUGAAGAUCAGUCUGUUACUAUGAAGAUAAGACUGUUACUAUGAAAAAAGACUAUUACUAUGAAGAUAAGACUGUUACUAUGAAGAUCAGACUGUUACUAUGAAGAGAAGUCUGUUACUAUGAAAAUCAGACGGUUACUAUGAAGAUCAGACUGUUAGUAUGACAGUCAGACUGUUACUUUGACAAUCAGACUAUUACUAUGAAGAUAAGACUGUUACUAUGAAGAUCAGAGUGUAACUAUGAAGACUCAGACUGUAACUAUGAAAAUCAGACUGUUACUAUAAAGAUCAGACCGUUACUAUGUAAAUCAGACUGUUACUAUGAAGAGAAGACUGUUACUAUGAAGAUCAGACUGUUACUAUGAAGAUCAGACUGUUACUAUGACAGUCAGACUGUUACUUUGACAAUCAGACUAUUACUAUGAAGAUAAGACUGUUACUAUGAAGAUCAGACUGUUACUAUGAAGAUCAGAGUGUAACUAUGAAGACUCAGACUGUAACUAUGAAAAUCAGACUGUUACUAUGAAGAUCAGUCUGUUACUAUGAAGAUAAGACUGUUACUAUGAAAAUCAGACUAUUACUAUGAAGAUCAGACUGUUACUAUGAAGAUCAUACUGUUACUAUGAAGAUCAGACUGUUACUAUGAAGAGAAGUCUGUUACUAUGAAAAUCAGAUAGUUACUAUCAAGAUCAGACUGUUACCAUGAAGAUCAGACUAUUACUAUGAAGAGCAGACUGUUACUAUGAAGAUCAGACUGUUACUAUGAAGAUCAGACUGCUACUAUGAAGAUCAGACUGCUAGUAUGAAAAUCAGACAGUUACUAUGAAGAUAAGACUGUUACUAUGAAAAUCAGACUUUCUCUGAGGAAGAGGCUCAAAUCACAAAAUUCACUGACAGUGAUCAUCAGUGUGCAGAGUGGUGUCAGGUUAAUCCGAUAUCAGUUUAUGUAUCGAAGAUCGAGGAUCAAAGAUAUGGAAGAACCAAGACAGGACACAAAAACUGAGGAGAGUAAGCAGCAGAGGUAAAAACACAGAGACCUUAGGCUGAGGACUGAAAAAGAUGAAGAAAUGCCACUAACUGACAGUGACCAGGCCAAAAAUCUCAGUCUUCAACUGUGCUCUUUUACAGGGUCCUGUUCAGUAUGUUUGACUUGAGCAUUGUUGGAAAAGUUCAGUUCAAAGAGAGAAAUAGCAGCUAAUUAAGCUCCUUUUUAGAAAUAGUCUGUUUGAAUGCUAUAACAGCUGAUUAAGUCCAUUUUAAGAUUUGUUUAGUUUGAAUGUCUAUUAACUCAUGACAUGACAUCUUUUCUUAUUCAUAUAUGGGUGGAUGAUGAAUUAGAAUAAAAAAAAAAACCCCAGUUGUAAAGUCUCACUAAUCAAUAAACUGACACUAACUAUUUGUAUCAGUAUGUGAACUCAGCAUUUCAAGCAAAAUUUGCAUACCACAACUGAAUGCUUUUAUUAUUUUUGUGAUUUUCUAUUUAGGUUUCUCAGACUUAAGGAUUACAAAGUUUGACGCAUCUAUUGGAUCUGGGGUAAAGGGUCUAAUAUCCAAUGAUCUAAAAACAUAAACAUAUAGUCAGGAUAUUAUUGGCUUCCUAGAGCGCUUCAGAAACAUGGCUCUGAAGGAGGGCCUUCAUUUAAUUGAUAUGUCUGUGAUAUUGGCUGAUUUAUAAUCAGGGUAUGGUGUCACACCGUGACCAUAGGACAUGGUUUUAGAUGAAGCUCAGAUAUUACUUAGGAUCAUGAUUACGGCCCCCCAGGAACAUAAAAAAAUGAUAGUCAAGACUAAACCAUUAUGCUUGCGCUGCCUGCUAUGUUGCCCUUGUUAUGACCUUUACCUUGAAUGAAGCCCCUCGACUCACUUUCACUUCAUCUUUAAGCAGCUCAGAUCAAACUAUCGGGCAGCUACAGGUUGAGAGAGAAGCGGAGAGAAGAGCUGGAGGAGGCAGUUUGAGAGAGGAGAGCAGGAAGAGGAGCAGGAGGAGGCAGGUGUCUAUAUCUGUGUCUGAAAAGCCAAGGGACAGAAUGAGGAAGGCUGUUGAGAUCAUACACUCAAACGAAGAAUUAAGUGCUGGGCUUAACAGUUAGAGAUAUUGUUCAGAGUCAUAAUAAAACACCAGCCCAACUCUUGAUGUUAUAUGGAAGCUUGAAAAUUCUGAAUGAUUUGUUGGAUCCAAAGCCUGUGAUCUCUUUGUUGUCCUUCGUGCCUCUUACAAGUUUUUAUCUGGAAGUUAUAGUCUGUAAAAUUAAUCUUGAAUAUUUCUAUAGAACAAAAUUCAUCUGAAUCUUAAACCAGCAUUUUUCCUAUUGUUUCUCUAUGUUACAACCAAAAAAUGACAAUGGAAGGCUUCUCAUCAUUAAAUUAAUGAUUUAAAGGGGACCUGCCAUCAAAAAUGUAAUUUUGUGUUUUUUGUGUCAGAUGAGGUCCAUGUUAUGUUCGUCUUAUGUUGUAAAUGUGAAAACAAACUGUUACGUCGUUUGCAUUCUGUAAAGGUUUAAAAUAAAAAAAACGGGUAAACCAGGCCGAUUGAAAAAGCAGGUCCUUCUGACGUCACGCAGACCUUGCUCAUUAUUAUUCACGAGCGCGUCCUCGGUGAGCCGCGCCCACUCUCUUGUUCUCGUACCCAGUCACAGUCAACAUCACUCUCCAGCCAGAGCGAGACCGAGCUACCACUGUAUCUGCUAUGGGUCUCUUCCAAACGACCGGUGUUUCCUUGGGUUCACUCCCGGGAAAAUGAAGUUAAAGCUGGGCAGAAUGAAUGAGAAAACACAGCUGGAGAUCUCUGGCUUCUUUUUCAACUUGCACUUCUCUUCGGACUCGGGGUCUAAAAUAUAUGGUUUAAUACCUGCCAUUUUUAGCCUUUGGCAUAAGGUGACCAGACGUCCCGAGUCCCCGAAUUGGAUCACCUGUCCCCAGCAAAAGCUGUCCCCGAAAAUGUCCCCGAGUUAAGCGUUUCAUGAAUGAGAAUGAGAACAACAGUUCUUACAGGGGUUAUGACAAGGGGCAUGCGCUGCUAAUAAAUAGUACCAAGAUUUUGUUUGUGAUCACACAGCUCCUGCAGCCCCUGCACCCCCCCCAGCCGCCGCCACACCGAAUAUCCCCGGAUAUCAUUACAGACAUCUGGGCACCUUACUUUAGCACACAUUAGCAUAAUGGAUAAACCGAAAUCCGAACCUCCACUGCUGCACCCCCUUUAAAUGGGACCUGCCAUCAAAAUUUCAUACCCAUUUUUAUCAUUUUUUCAUAAUCCUUGAUGUCCUCUGAUCAUGUUUGCAACAUAAUUUUAGCUGAAAAGUUAUUUGAUGGUUUGUUUUUAGUAUGCCUGCAAAGCCUUACAGGAAAACCAACUGAUUUUGGCUCAUUAACAUUUAUGGUAAUGAGCUUUGCUCUGAUUGGAUCGCUGCUGUGAAGCCUGCUGUGCUCUGAUUGGCUCAGCAGUGGAGGUUCGGAUUUCGGUUUAUCCAUUUUGCUAAUGUGUUACGCAGGUUAAUUUUUAUUUUUUUUGUAUAUAACUCGCUAAGCCAUCACGCUUCAUUUAUUACUCUAAAGAUAUGAGUGGUUCUUAUAGAGGCUCUACUUAAAACGCAAAAAAUUUGAAAUUAUCUGUCAGCCAAUCGCAGAGCGUUUUUUUUCUGUUACCAUGGUGACGAGUUUGGUGUUUUUGUUAGAUAUCACUCCUUUUUCAGCACGUGUAACAGGUGUUUUGUAUUUCAGGUACUUCCUGCACGGUGUAUGUAGGGAAGGAAAUCGCUGUAUGUUCUCUCAUGACCCAGCAAAUAGUAAACCCUCCACCAUUUGCAAGUACUACCAGAGAGGAGUGUGUGCCUACGGAGACCGCUGCAGGUAACACUCAUCAUACAGAUAACACUGAUCUGAAAACUGAACUGAAAUACUCACCUGACCAGGUGAGAGACACACGUGUAUGUUGUGAGAUAGAGAGAUGAGUGAGCGGAGAGCCCUGUUUGUCGCAGAGGAGCAGAGAGAUACAUUUUUCUUGAAAUAACAAAAUGAUUGUGAGCUUUAGUGUCUGAAAUUGCGCAAAUUAUAUUGUGUAGGCCGUUUUGAUAAAAAUAAAAAUUAAUGUAUAUAUUAAUGUACAAGUUUAAUUUAUGGGUUGGAAUUUUGUCGGUACGGCGGGGGGUAUCCGUUGGCAGGAGUGCAGCGCACUGCCAAAUAUACUAUAGGGGAAGUUAACAUUAAGUUGACAUGUAAUGAUCACCUGACAAGCAAAGAUCCACCCAGCAAUAAAUGCUCAUUUGUCAGUUUUCUCUCACCUGGCAGGUCACAUUUAUCUGAAGUUCAAGAGGUUAUACUCACUGGGCAGAUUAUAUUCAACUGAGGAGUUUAGACACGUAACACUCACCUAGCUGAUAAAACUUACCAGAGCAAAGGUAAUUCUCACCUCGCAGGUACCAUUUACUAAAUCAGGCAUUGUUAAAUAAUUUCCUGUUUAGGUGUUGUUUUUUAAAACAAUAAAUUACCUUCAUAUUUAUUUUAUGAGAGCCAUCUUAUUUCCUAUUUGUCACCUAAAGAGUUAGCUGUUUCUUUUACACAAGUGUGACCAAGAUAUCAAUGUACAUCCAGAGAGAGGAAUUUUGUUGUGUUGCCAUAUUUUACCCAGAAGAUGGCGAUCAAAUAAGUAAAAAAUUUAAGUAUCAUCCUGGGUGCAAGCAAAAGUGAAAUUAGAUGGUGCCAGAGCAAGCUUCUCUGUUGUCCAGAAACGGGAGACAAUUUGUUAAAAGCACAUGGGAAGACAGUUGGAAACCUUUCUCUCUCAGAUAUCCCAAAAAACUGACUGAGUCUGAAAUACUGGUGCAGUUAUAAUAUGGUUCUUUUGGUACAUCCCUUCCUGUAUGUAUUUAAUGGUUUGCAGGUAUGAUCAUAUUAAGGCCUCUUUUAGAGGAGGGGGAGGAGCUUCAGAGAACCAUUCGGGUGUAGGAGGGGCUGGAGGCGGGGCUCCAGUCAGAGGCGGAGCAAAGAAGUCAAUGGUCCUCAGGGACAGAGGUGAGUCCUACACACAGUAGGUGAAACUUCAAGACUGAUCAUCCCACUGCUUUUACAGAUUAUCAGUAUAAAAACUACAGCUUUUAGAUGUAUUUUGACACGCUGCAAAGACAGGUAUUUUGCAAAGAUGGGAAACAGCAUUUGAACACAGAGACACCAACUGAUCUUGGUCUGUUUUCUCUGUUCUCCUUCUGGCACAAUUAGCUCAGCGAACCUGGUAAUUUACAACAUGCCUCUGCUGGUUUGUCUAUUCUGAGCUACAGUAGAAAAAAUGGAGGUGCAACAUGGCAGCCUGUGGAGCAAGCACUUGCUCCUUCUGUAAUAAAAAAGACUUAAUCUGAGUCAUCAGAAAUGAAACGAUUAUGAGAUUACAUUCAAUAUAAACCAGUUUAAACAGACCUGCGUAAUACCUUCAGUUUCUCUGGAAAAAUUCUGAUGAGUUUUACUCAAUGAACCGUGAAAACAAAUUGGAGAGAAAUGAGGACAAGGUUGAACCUACAAUUAUUCCUUUUAACUACUAUCCCCCCAGAGUGUGAAAUCUCCUCUGAGAGACAUGUUUAAAGGUCUUUUCCCUUUUAAGAAUUCAGUUUCAGAUCACUCUUCACACUGCAUAGCCAAGCUAGGCAGCCAGACUGAUUUUGGGCUUUUGCUCUAAUUUCACCAAGAACCUGGUCUCUGUCUCUGGGGCUGAUAUCCCUCAAUCUGUCUGUCUCUUUGUCCAUGUGUCUCCGCCUUUCUGCCUCUCUGUCUCUUUGUAUCUUUGUCUCUCCAUCUCUCUGCCUCUCUCUUUACUAGUCCUGGGUGUGGACAAUAUGUUUGGGGGACCAGUUGACAGUUUGGGAUCGGGAUUCACAGCAGCAGCAGCAGCAGCAGCAGCUCCUCAGACAUACAGGGACGCCAUUAGGACGGGUCUUGACACCUCAGCACAGGAACAAGGUCAGUUACAGGAGAUACUUACUUCUGAUUGGCUCUUGGAUAUCAGUGAUCCAAAUAGGUGUAAAUGAUGGGGUGAUUUCAUUUGUAAGGCAUGAUUCUCAGAUUCUCUUUGAAUCGUACCUCUUCUCUCUGCAGUUCCUCCCCCUGUGGGCGGGGCUUGUCAGGCACCACUUCCCCAGUUGUGUCCAUUUGCUGCAGCGGGACACUGUCACUAUGAAGAAAGCUGUACGUAUCUCCACGGCAACAUGUGUGAGGUGUGCGGAUUGCAAGUGCUUCAUCCCCAUGAUGCAGAGCAGAGGAAAGCACAUGAAAAGGUGUGUAUGUUGGUUGAUUUUAUCAAACUAGCUGAUCAUAAGUAUGUUUAGACAAACACAAUGUUUGUAGCUUGGAAUGAAGUGUUUCAACAAAGUGGAACAAAUAAGAUUAAAACCUUUAAAAAAAAGGACUUUAAGAGAAAUACGGUGGAGUCUCUGACAUUGUUUUUUGUAUGACUGUUAAAUGAUUUGUCUGUGACUCUUCAGCCCAGCAUUGUAUUCAGGUUUUCUGCACAGCUUCAAAUGUGGUGUUUCUUGUCUCAUAGACUGUCUGCAGAUUAGGGCGUGCGAUCUGACGAUCUUAGAUCGUAAAGGAUUAAAAAGUGACGACAAUCUGCCAAAGCACAGAGAUUGUAGAACUGUCCCUUUAGUGUGCAUUAUAUCCCUAACGUGUCCAAAUAAAUUUCUUACCCUCUCAAAUCAAAAUUUUAGAAGUUAAGAGAGCACAUACAUGCAGUAGCGGAAAAAUCAGCAGAAAAAAGGACAAGGUACAGAAUCCCUUUCUUCUUUCCCUCUGCUCUGCUGUGUGUGUAUAUCUUCUCAGGCUGACUCACACACAUGCCCCUAAAAAAUAACAGUGGAGUGGAGAGGAAAAGAGAGAGGAGUGAGAGAAAUGAGAGAGGAGAUUUUUGAGCUGUUUAGUUGAGACCAAAAACAACAGAAAAGAUAAUGCUCUAUAUCUGUUCAGCAUUGUGAACUAGUUGUAAGAGAUUUUUUUUAUUAUUUAUAAGACCAUGAGACUACCUUUCAUUUUUGUAGAUAUUGACUUUUGUGUGUGAAGUUUUAUUUUAGGUUCAAAUUUAUUUGAGAAUAAGACCAUCCAGGAUAAAGGAUAAGCUGUUCGUUGUUAAAAUCUGGAUAUUUUAUUUUAUUAAUAAUUUCUAUUACUGCAGAUGUGUCUUUUGGCCUUUGAAGCUGACAUGGAGAAGGCAUUUGCUGCCCAGCUGAGCCAGGACAAGGUGGGUUAAGUCACUAAUUGAGGUCUCGUAUCUUGUGUGUGCCUGCAUAAGUGGUAUGAGUGACAUGAGUGACUGUUCCAACUUUACAACCCAAUACCAAAAAGUUGUGACACUGUGUCAAAUGUAAAAACAAGAUUUGAUGAUUUACAAAUCAAUUAAACUCUUAAUUUAACUGUCAUUAGUACAAAAACAUAUAUGAACUGUUGAAACUAGAAAUACUACUGUUUAAUGGAAAAUACGCGGUCAUUUUGAAUUUGAUGCCAACAACAUGUUUCAAAAAGUUGUUAGAGGAACAACGGAACAGACAAGUGCUAUGUGUAAUGCUAAAAAUUGGCAGGAGGAACAUCUAUUAUGUAAUGAGGUUAAUUAAAAACCAGUUAAUAGCAUGAUGAAAUAUUUAGGGCUGCAGAAAGUGUAGUUUUCAAGAUACAAAGGUCACCCAGGCCUUGAACUGAAACUCUCAAAUUUGGGAAAUGUUUUUAAUACAGUUAGAUGACCUUAAAAUUCUUCAAAGCAAGACCUUCUCAAGAGAUUUUAUUCAGUGAACAUUGACUUUGUUGCCUUUGUUUGAAAUCAUGGACACCAAGUCCUGAGCUUUGAAGGGUGUAGGGACCAGGGAGAACCUGUUCACAGUGAAAAAGCCAGCGUUCAUGAUGAUUUUGACAGGGUCACAACUUUUUUGCAACUUUUUCUGGGAAGAGGACAAAUGUCUCCUAAGUUCAUCAUUAGAUGUAUCAAUCCAAAAUAACAACAGAGGACUCCAUGUUGAACUGUAGAACAAUCCUUUAUUGAUAGUUAUUUUAACAAAUACUUUCUUAUGCUAUGCAUAUCUUCACAAAAUGUUUGUAGUUUGGAUAUUAAUCGGGAGUAUGAAAUAACUGCAGCACUGCUGGUCAAGUCUGCCAUUGUGUUGUCAACAAAACUUAAACAUGCAUCCUCCGUUCAAGCUCUUUUAAACGAUACAACAGCGACCACUGACUGAUGUAGAUGUUUGAUCAUAAUGUGGGGUAAUCUGUGCGUUUGUUGCAAUGAUCAAACUGCAGUGUCAAGACCUGCAGGUGUAAGGUGUUAGAUGUACCGAAGCAUUUUUGAGCGCAUCUAGGCGUAGAUUUUACACACUUUCUUAAUAGGUGUCCUGGUUAUUUAAUUACUGAUCAUGUUGUUUGUAGGCAGAAACAAUGAUCGUAUUUUUCAUUUAGGUGUGCUCCAUCUGUAUGGAGGUGGUGGUGCAGAAGCUGAAUCCAUCAGAGCGCAGGUUCGGCAUCCUGUCCUCCUGCUGUCACGUCUUCUGUCUGGCCUGUAUCCGACAGUGGCGCUGCACCAGAAACUUCAGCAACAAGAUCAUCAAGUAAGAGAUCGUUUUUGUGUUACUGCUAGUUAGAAGAUAAAGGAGGGGUACCAUUGGGAGAUAAGUGCAGGGACAAGGCGGAGUCUGUUCAGUAAAGCAAGGUCUGUGAUAUCUGAAAACUUUUUAAAAGUCUGUAUUAUAACCGGAAGUGUUUUCUGUCAAUCUCUCUCAGGGCAUGUCCAGAGUGUCGCGUUGCCUCAGAGUUCGUCAUCCCUUCUGUCUACUGGGUGGAAGACCAGGAUGACAAAGAUCACCUGAUAGAACUUUUCAAGUCUGGAGUUGGGUAAGCCACUGGUUGCCUUGGAAGCUGUAUAUAAAAUGUUGACCACAGUUUGAGUCAUCUAAUUCACAAUUUUACCUCCAUUAAAGGCAUGAUACGCAACAAUUACUGACAUUUCAAAUGUGCUCUGCCUGUGGAGGAAAUCCACAGGUACAAAAGAAGGAAUUGGAAAAGUAUUCUUUUAAAAAUUUGGCUCAAGGACUUCCGGUGUAGUGACUGAUGUAUCUCUCUGAGCUCCUGCAACAACCUUUACAAAUUCAAUUUUAGGCAUACUUCUUGUAUCUUUUUCCCCACCACUGUAAUCUCAAGUUUAUCCUGGCCUCUUACCGAUCAAAAUGCCUCCAAAAGCUAAACUACCAACACAACCAACGCGGCCUUCUCCGCCCGCCGUAUCCCCGACAUGAAGUGACUCCCCCUCCUGCUCGGACGGAGCCGCAGGCGGCAUUCCUCCCCCCGACUUUAAGGCCAAACUGCUCUCGUCACUCCACAUUGAGAUGGCGACUGUUUUCAAAACUGAGCUUCAAACGACCUUGACCGAGAAGCUCAAGACAGAGCUUCUGGCAUUGAAGUCGGAGUUUUCUGGCAGUAUUACAAACAACCAGUCUGAUGAACAUGCUCUUAAGGCCACUGUAGGUGAAAUGGAAACAUGGCUUUCCCCCCUGCACUGACGAUAUUACUACCUUAGAGACUAAAGUGGAGCAUCUGUCAACAUUGGAUAAGAUAAAGAUGGACAAUAAAUGUGAGGAUUUGGAGGCGAGAUUUGGUGCAACAAUCUACGGUUAGUUGGAAUUCCUGAGGAUCCACCUCUUUUAAUGCUCCUGCGAUUUCCUCUCUGCUCAAGGAGGCACUUAAGCUUGAGAAGGAGCCUCUCGUAGACCGCGCUCAUUGUACUCCCCAGGAAGCCAAAGCCUGGAGAGCGCUCCGGCCUCAUAGUCACUCAUCUACUCAUUCUUUCAUAUGAACUGUGUGGACAUAUUACGCCAAGCCAGGGACAGCUACGGAUCUAGAUUGGAGACAGUUUUUCUGCAGGUUGAAAAUCUGAUGAUACAGCUCUGAACUAACUCCAGUUUUUUUUUUUUUUUUUUUUUGGUCUAUGUAGUAAGAAGGCCUGCAAGUACUUUGAUCAGGGUCGAGGGUCAUGUCCGUUUGGAGGGAAGUGUUUGUAUCUUCAUGCCUUUCCUGAUGGGACCCGACCAGAACCUGAGCGACCCCGCAAACAGCUGAGCUCAGAGGGAAACGUCCGGGUAUGACACCUCUUUUAUUUUGAUCCAGAAUGUUAGUUCAACAGUCAGUGAGUCUGGGACUUGUAGUUUCUAAACAUAUUUGUUUUUUCCAGUUCAUGAAUAGUGUCCGCUUGUGGGAUUUCAUUGAGGAGCGUGAGCAGCGACCUGCCUCAUCCAUACAGUCCCCCGAUGAUGACAUGACAGAGCUGAGAGAGCUCUUCAUGCAGAUGUCGGGUCCAAGCCAAGACGGUGCAGAAACCAGUGCAGACCAGUAAGGACCAGAUCAAAGCAGGUCCAACUGUCAGUAGUUAAUAUAUAAAACCAUUUGAUCACCAGUUUUCCGGUUUGUUCGUCCAUUAUGUUCACAGGUUGGUGAUUGGUAAUUGAAUCAAUAUAACCGUUUAAUUUAUAGUGUAAAUAGGUAAACACAACGUAAAGUUAAACAGUGCUGUUGUAUGACAUUUAGUUUUUUCUUUCUUUUUACCGGUAUCCAACCACCUCAAACCUGAAGCCUGUCAGAAUUCAGACUGUUGACGAAGAGCUCAUGACUCGAUAUUAGUAAAAAAAAAGCAUUUAUAACAUUGAUACAUUAAUGCAUAUGGCUUCAACUUAAUGGGUUAAAAUGUCAGAAUAUUGAAACAAGUUGCGAAGGUGAUUGUCACCCCGGGAAAAAAAGUCACAAACUAUGGACAACUUUAAGUUACAUUUUAGGACUCCUGAAUGAUUUCUUCUGAUUCUUGUUCUGUAGGAUCACAGUCUGAAGCCCGAAUCAAUCACAGUUUCUACAAAAACACAUUAAAAAGCUGCAAAGUUUCGCAUCGGAGACGCUGAAACCAUCAGAUGUUUGACAGUCUGCCUGAAAAAAAUCCUGAUAUUAAUGUUCAAACAGAUCAGCUGUAGUCUGAGUGAUAAACCGUAUACAGGCUGUGUACUCACUGUAAGUUUAUGAUACAAUGCUGUUUCUGUGGAAAAUAAAUAUAUUUUCAUCAGUGUGUGUUUUGUGGAAAAAAGCUGUCAAAGCUCAUAACAUUAAUCAGAGAGUUAAAAAAAAACAAUGCAAGUUAUAAUGACUUAUGGCUGUUAACUCUCAGGCAGCACUGAAUUAAAAAUGGACAUGACUCUGGAGUUGGAGUCACUGCAUGGGCUCAAAAUCACUUCAUCACUGCAUCCACAAAUACAGGUUAAAACUCAACCAUGCAAAGAGGAAACCAGAUAUAAACAUGAUGCAAAAACAGCAGAGACUUCUCUGUGCUGAAGUAAAAAAAACUUGUCCUGUGGUCUGAUCAAUAAAAUUUGACACCCUUUUGGAAAUCA